AUGGCAGAUCUCAGAGCUUCUGCAGUAGCAGAAACAUGCAGGCUCUGUCACUUUUUAGCAUCUUAAACGCUAAAAACUCACUAUUCUGGGUUAUUCGGGUCCUGGAACAUCUCUGAGGGUGUAAAAUUGACGUGCGGUGUGUUUUUUCGGCCCCGGAAAUCGAUUGGCAGAAAAGUUUGGACAGAAAAACAGCGGAGAAGCGCAGCUAACGGUUAAUGGCUAACGACUUGUGGUCCUGGACUGGACUUGGUUUAAGCCCAUCUUCACUGUGGAUGAGGCCUGAGACACCAGGACAUGGAGAAGAAACCAGACCUAUUGUACCUCGAGCAGAAGACCACACAAUCACUCCACAACCGGUUUUCUGAGAUCUUGUUGGAGCAGAUGACUCAGAGGAAGGUUUUGUUUAAGGGGAAUAAAAAGUUGAUGGUUCUACGCCUCCGGAACAGUCCCAGGUCUCAGGGGGCAUCUCCAAAGGGCAGUGUCUGGACUCGGAUCGGCUGGAAGGGCCCCUGGAGGCGGGGUGUCUGGAACUUCAGGAACAAAUACCAACGCGCUGUCCGUUUUAGCCCCGCCCACAAGACCAGCAUUAGCCCCAUCCUAAGGAGCAGGUUUAGUGCCGCCCCCAGCUCAUGCUUCGUAUCGGCACCAAAGUCUCGGUUCAGCCUUGGCCCAAAAAGGGGCACUGUGAGAGAAGUCCUAAAGAGGAGACUUCAGGGACACACUUGUCUCUUCAAAGGAAAGUCUGUGCAGAGCCGUCUGGGGGUGGGGCCAAAGGGGCGUGAUCAGCUGGGGGCUGGGUCAGAGGGGUGUGGUCUGAGUGUGGGCGUGCCCUUAAAGAGGCAUGGUCUGCAGAAGAAGGCAGUCCCCUCUAAAAAGCAGCUGGACUCCCAGCUGGACCGGUACAUGUCCAAGACCAAGAGCCGCCUGGACGCAGAUCUGGACCGAUACAUGUCCCUAUCCCGCAACCGGCUCGAUGCUCAGCUCGAUGAGUACAUGGCCAUGGCAGGAGACAGUGCACUCUGGCAGUGAUAUGAGUAUGAUUGAACCAGGACUGAACCAGGACUAAAACAGGACUGAACCAGGACUAAAACAGGACUAAAACCAGGACUGAAACCAGGACUAAAACCAAGACUAAAGCAGAACUGAAAACAGGGCUGAAGCCUGGACUAAAUCCAGGACUAAAUCCAGGACUAAAUCCAGGACUAAAUCCAGGACUAAAUCCAGGACUAAAUCCAGGACUAAAUCCAGGACUAAAUCCAGGACUAAAUCCAGGACUGAAGCCAAGACUAAAACCAGGACUAAAACCAGGACUAAAACCAGGACUAAAACCAGGACUAAACCAGGACUAAACCAGGACUAAA